AUGGUUGAUAAUGCUCCGCAAGUGUCUCAGUCAAUAACAUCUAUUCACAAGAAAUCAAAACCAAGGGAUGUUCCUUCAUCCACUACCGCUUCCUCCGACUCUUCUCAUAAACACAAGUCAGAGCGCAAAAACAGAAGGUAUAAAGAAGUGCAAGCAGAGGUAUUAACCACAUUCAAUGAGCUCCAAGAGGUUGAGAAGGAACUUGGGAGUGCUGCAAAUGAUAUAUUAGCCAGGAUGGAUAGUUUAUUUAAUAGAAGGCGCCGAGAAGAUGACAACAUUGAAAAGGAUGAUGACGGAGAGAUUGGUAAACCUGGGUAUGGUAUUGACAGUAAGGGCCGUCGUUCUUCAAUAUCGUCGGCAUCUGCCAAGAAUCGCUCGACGGCAACUCCGUCAACUCCAGUCAAACCUAGAAUGACAAGACGAACAAGCGUUCAAGAUGCCAACACGCCUAAUGGAAUAAAUACGAACGGAUCAAUAGGUUCAACAACGUCGAACAGUGAUCCACUAGCAAUGUUCAGAAGGAAGACUAGCACGGGCGCUACAUCAGAGUUUCCUUCGCUAGCAAAUGUCAAGCACAAAUAUCUACCCGAUAUAUCGGGAAUAGGACUUGCAUUGACUUCGGACAUAAAGACAUCAACCUCAGAUAAAAAAUCCCUCAAAUCUACUCGAUCAGAAGAGAAAUUACAACAGCAAAAAGAUUCUGGAAAGAAGAAAGAGAAGAAGAGAAUGACUAUAGAUACAUCUAUUGCGCCAAAAACAUCUAAAACUUCUACACCUGCGUCUGAAGAAUUUAACAAGAGACGAAGUGUCUACGAAACAUCUACAGCAAAAAAUAAAUCCAAUGGUCCAAAAAAGAGCUCAACGAAUGGAUCGUCUGUUUUCUUUGAUGAUGAUAGAAAAAAUCAAACACCAUCACCGGCAAUACCAGCACCAAUGAGAAGUAAAACGAUGCCAAUUAAACCAGCCGAUAAUAACGCACUCACCAAAUUACAGCUUCCGCUUUCAGCACGCAAUCAUAGUGCAAGCGGACUAUUUCCCAUUAAGAAAGGAGCCGAAACGUCUUCAAAGGAGAACGAAUUUAUAGUCGGCUCAGCACCAACGUCAAUCAGUCGACGUCGCCAAUCGAGCGUAUCGUCGUCUGCUGCUGCAUCGUCAACUUCAACAUCCGGCUCACAGAAACCUACUUCUCGCAGCACAACACCAAACAUUGUCAAUCAUCGGUUAUCCCAUCCACCACCAUUACAAAUAUCGAGUCAGCCACCACCCGUACCAGCUGUCCCUCCUCCAAGCAUGCUUCCGCAGCCAAGAUCACGAAGUCGCGGAGUUGGUAGGGUUAAUGAGGAUAUUCCUCCUGUACCCCCGGUACCAACCGGGCUCAAAGAAUCCGUAAUUGAAAAGAAAUAUGGUAACACUGACGUAAAGAGUAGUGGAGGAACAUCGCUUUCUAGACGAGAAAAAGCUGCCAGUACUGAUGGGCAUAGAAGGCGACCAAGAGGACAGACGAUGCCCGGUAAAACAGAUCACCCGAAAUUAGACGAAAACUUAGUAUUUCCUCCAUACAAUCCACCAUCGCUACCUCCACUUGACCGAAUUCGCCAACAUCAAAACACUCCCAAUCAAUCCGAGACUCGCUUAAAAAUACCGUCUACACCGACAUCUGCGGGUACUACAAGUUUUCCGUCUAAAAUACCAACUCCAACCGGAAUAGCCACACGAUCAUCAAAACCCACAAACCCCACUUUGCCUUCGCCGAGCGGCUCCAAGACUAGCCGCCUGUCACCGAGGAAUAGGCGUCCAUCAGGAAGCAGUACGUUGCAACCCAGUGCAAAAUCGACGCACGUAACUAUGACGUCAACCAGUGGGAAAACGAACGUUUCUGCCUCCAAUAACGUCAGCAAGAAACCUCGAAGAAAUUCGAAUGCUGCACCAACCGCAACGACGAAAGUACAAACGUCGCUGAGCAGCUCAUCGUUACCGGAUCUACAAAAGAGUGGGCAGCAUUUGAAACAAGAUCUAUUAGAUCCAUUGUGUUCAGACGCAAAGCCCAAGCUGCGGGAGAAGAGGGAAAAAGAAUCUCAUGCAAAAGGUACAACGCCAAUGUCUCCGCAGACAGCAUUAAAGACAUUUGGACCAUAUUUAUCCCAAUACGAGCGUACGGAAAUAGUCGAAUAUCCAAACGUAUAUUUCACUGCUCCAAAUGCGCCCAAGAAACCUGCAAGCACAGAGCUGACUGGUUGUAACUUUGGCUUCGAUGAUGAGCGGGGUGACUAUUUGGUGGUUAUGGGAGAUCAUUUGUGUUACAGAUAUGAAAUAAUAGAUAGUCUCGGUAAAGGCUCUUUUGGUCAAGUGUUAAAGUGUCUUGAUCAUAAGACUGGUGAACAUGUCGCAGUAAAGAUUAUCAGAAACAAGAAGAGGUUCCAUUGCCAGGCCUUGGUGGAGGUCAAGAUUUUAGAAUCUCUUGCUCGAUGGGAUCCGGACGAUAAUCAUAACAUAAUUCACAUGACUGACCACUUUUACUUCAGAAACCAUCUCUGUAUUGCCUUUGAGCUCCUUAGCGUAAAUCUUUACGAAUUCAUAAAAAGUAACAACUUCCAAGGAUUCAGCCCUGGUUUAAUAAAACGGUUCUGCACGCAAUUAUUGAAUUCGCUGUCGUUACUUCAGAGGCAUAACAUUGUGCAUUGCGAUUUGAAACCAGAGAAUGUGCUUUUAAAGCAUCCCACCAAAAGCAGCAUAAAAGUUAUAGAUUUUGGCAGUUCGUGCUUCGAGAACGAGAAAGUCUAUACGUAUAUACAGAGUCGUUUUUAUCGAUCACCUGAAGUUAUAUUAGGCAUAACAUAUAACAUGGCCAUUGACAUGUGGAGUCUUGGAUGUAUCUUGGCUGAACUGUAUACUGGUUAUCCAUUAUUCCCGGGAGAAAACGAACAGGAACAGCUGGCUUGUAUUAUGGAAGUUCAAGGACUACCGGACAAGUAUUUAAUAGAAAAGAGCACAAGGAAAAGAAUAUUUUUUGAUUCUAAUGGUAGUCCUCGCCCGGUAGUAAACUCCAAAGGCAAACGUCGGCGACCGGGGAGUAAGACGUUGACUCAGGCACUCAAGUGUAACGAUGAAGUGUUUCUGGAUUUCAUAUCUCGAUGCUUACAAUGGGAUCCCGAAAAGCGAAUGAAACCUGAUGAAGGGCUUAUGCAUGAAUGGAUAACAGACGUGAAGAUAAACGUAAGCAGAUAG